AUGUCGCAUUCGAUGUAUGGAAAUUGGAACAACCCAAACGCAUAUUCCAAGGAAAACACAGAACAUGUUUACAACAUUAAUGGUCUGUCAAAUUCCAAUAUUUUGGCUCCUUCCCCAGGCCAGGAUGCAUUUUCACCGUUGGCCUACAACCUGCUGUCGGGAGAUCAAUCCCAGUCGCGGCCAAAUGCCCCAAUUGAGCACCAGAUGGCCGCUCUGACUGUCGACGACAGCCAUUUGAAAACGCAGGAUUUUCUGCACCCCUUCGUCGGCCAGCAGCAAUCUCCCACAGCGGCUCUCAAUGCUUUGAAAGCGCAGUUCCAGCUCCCCAAGGUGGAUCCUUCUAAUAUCAAAUGGUACUACUUGGACGCAUCCAAUAAUGAGCAGGGUCCGUUUGAUUCGUCCUUGAUGCAGCAAUGGUAUUCUCUUCGAUACUUCGACUACGGCCUGAAAAUCCGCCGUGAAGAACAGCAGACGUAUAUGACUCUUGCAGAAUUUAUUCAGUCCAUAGGAGAGUAUCUUGUGCCGUUUUCCGUUCCCUUGGCUCCAGUGGUCAACCAGCCUGCUACGGCUCCGGUUUUCUCUUCGUUCCAGGAGAGAAAUCACUGGACAGCUCCCAACGAGCAGAGUCAGUCGGCGUCAGUGACCCAAUCGCUGCCAGAGCCUGCCAAGACAGAGGAAGCUGCAGUGCCGAAGGUGGACGCCAGCGACAUUGAGAGAAUUGUGCGCAAGGCGUCCAGUCUGUCUGUGUCAACAAAACAGGAGACUCGGGAACCAGAGCCGAUUGCGGCUCCUGUGGCCGUUCCUGCGGCUGCCCCAGUAGAGCUAGCAGAGCCAGCUCCCAAGUCUGAGGGAUUGCCUGCGCCAGAAAAGGCGCCAGAAAAAGCUGCAGAGCCCGUCAAGUCCAAGCCACAGUCUCCAACCACGUGGGCCCCAUGGGCUUCCAAGAGCCCUGUGAAGCCAACCAAGACCUUGGCCGAGAUCCAGUCAGAAGAGGCUGAGAGACGCAAAAGGGAGCAAAAGGAGGCGGAGGCUGCCAAGUCUUUGGCUGCCACGCUGGCUCCAAAGCAGGAGACUCCAAAGCCGGCCGUGGCCCUUCCUUCUGCUGCCACUUGGGCCAGUGCUGGAACUGUUUCGCAGGCUAUCCCUACAAUGACACUAGAAGAGAUCCAGCGAGAAGAAGCUGCCAAGUUGCAUGCUGCCAACUCUGCUGCCAAACAGAAACCUGCCGCGGCGUCGUUUGCGGAGGUGACGGCCAGCAGCGGUUGGACCACGGUGAGCAGCAAGAAGACUGCGAAGCCGGCUGUUCCAGCGCCAACAAAGACCAACAAGCCGUCUGCGGUGAUUUCGCCGAAUGUUCUUAGGUCAGUUUCUGCGCCAGCCGCCACACCGGCCAAAAAACCCGUUGUUGGUAGCACGGUUGCUUCUCCAAAGCCGCAGCCAGUGACAAAUAGCAGCUCGCCAGCAAGAGACUUUUUGGUGUGGUGUCGGACGCAGCUGAGCCAUUUGCACAAGGGUAUCGACAAGGAGGAUAUUUUGUCGAUCAUAAUCCAGUUCCCGACGGGAAGCGAGUCACAGGAAAUUAUUGCUGACACCAUCUACUCCAACUCUGCCACCAUGGACGGCAGGAGGUUUGCGAGCGAGUUUAUGAAACGCAAGGCGGAGGUCGAGAAGCUCGUUAAGGCACAGGGAAUACAUUUCAGCUGGGGCGAGGCUCUGAAUGCCAGUGCCCGCGGCCAGGAAGACGAUUUCGACAUGGCAUUUACCAAAGUGGUGAGCAAAAAAAACAGAAGAAAAAACUAG